UGUGUCCCACUUGUUGUUGAUUCUUGACAAUAUUUAUAUAGUACAGAUUCACACAGUAAGGGGAAGACCUCACACAAUUACAAAUCUUAGGAUUGUCUUUGAACAAAAUCUUUGGAGAUGGCAGGGAAUAAAACUCCCCUUUAAAGUUUCUUUCCGAUCAUUGAAGAGUUUUUUGAAGGAAAUAAUCUCUAACAAGGAACAACAAAUGUUGUUGGUCUUUGACAGGAAGGGACCUUCAGCAGAACCAGGCUCAGGGAGAGCAGCCAUCUGCCUCAACUGGUUGGGGAUGGGAUAAAAGAGAGAAAAAAAUGUGAUAGCAGAGCAUUGAAUUACCUUUGUGCAUAAUCUAUGCUAUAAAAAUAAACUUGCUUUGACCCUGCUUGAGUAUUUACAUUUCCUACUGGCAAUUUUUUAGAGGAAAUCAAUAUAUAUUUGUGCUUCAUUACAUCUGGUUGGUACUUACUUUGUAGAGUAAGAUUUCUAUUUAAAUAUGAUGCAGUCUGUACACAAGAUCUUCUCAUCAAGUCUUUACAAGUGUUAUUUAGUCUUUACCAUUUUAUUUUAUUUUGAAAGUGAAAUAAUCUGACAGUUCUCUAAAAAUAUUUCAACUUGCUUACUCUGAGUGCAGUUUACUUUAGUAUUUCCACAGUAUCAUUAGUUUUGUUCUCAAUGACUCUAGCACAAAAUACUUCUUCUCUGUUGUUUGUCAAACUUUAGAGCACUGAAGUAUUAAAUUAGGUAAACAUGUUUUUACUCUAUUGCUUUAACAGAUUUUGUUGCAUUUUCCCCAUUUUUUCAUUUGUUGUUUUCUUGUUUUGUUUUCUUAAACAACAGUCCAACAGUUAAUUUGCACCAACUUUUCAUCAUUAAGGUCUGUUGUAUGUACUGGCCAAAUCUGAGGUCAGUAUAUACAACAGUCUGGUAACCCCAGAGAAUGGAGAUUCAUUUUUUUUUUGAUGAGGUUCCAGUGCAUUCCCACACCUCAAUCACCGCCUUUCCUGUCUUAUGCCUAUACACACCACUCUGCUCUUACCACUUGUUCCUUCAUGCUUCUCAAACCCCAUCCACCCUCCCUGUACUUCUGCCUCCUAUUCCUGUCUUCUCCUUUUCCUAGGGAGUUGCUGCUGACCUCUGACUAAACUUUUCCCCCUACACCCUUUCAACUCAUCACAGUCAUCACCAACUUAAUGAUCCUUUGUAUCCAAUAAACAAUCAAGCUUCAAAUCAAUGGUGUGGUCCUUGCAAGUGAAAUUACCAAGUGGGCUAAUUUUUCCAAAUGUUGCAGGGUGGGCUAUGAAGCCAUUUGGCCACACACAUUCUCAGGUCCCAAAAAAAUGUGUGUGCGAAUGGUAACAUGUUUUCGAGCAUCUUUAAUCCAUCAAAAAGGCACCUAAAAGUGAAGCUGGAUGAUAAAAGCAACCAUGUCUGCAGCAUAGAGUGUAUAAUGGGCUGCAAGAUUGUAACUUCCAAACGCAGACUGCCGCCUUGUGGUGAAUGUUUAUACUAUAAAACUAUAAUACAGCUUUUUCAUGACUGUUGCAGAAUUACAGUUUUGGUUAAAAUGUACCAGGUUGUAUUUGUCUAAAUAAUCCUAAAAAAAACAAAAAUGAAUCUGGAAUUACAUAAACAGAAAUUCAAGUAAGUGCGUUUUUAAUUCUUAAUGAAACUCUUACUAAUUCUUAUCCAAAGGAGGAUGAGAUUUUUUCUUUUGCAGUCUUCUUUUUCAGUGCGGGUUUGAUGUGAACGUUAAUAUAUUCAACAAACAGCUUCUGCUUUUCCUGGAAAGUAACCAUAUUGAACAGAAACAUUUGGACGACUUCAGAUGACACCCUUGCGUAAAGUUUACUUAGCAAACGUGCUUGUGUAACCGAACUUUACCACGGCAAGGGAUGGGUUAAAUUUUCCCGCAAGAAAUUUGACUUUACGAAAUUAAGUGGGCUGAAUUCGAUAAAAGAGCAGAAAAAGGUUGCAGCCCUCCUCUCCUCUCCAGUCCUGAGAAGUGGCAUGUUGUCCAGUGUCACAGCUCAGAGCACACUCCUGCUUUUCAUCCUGUCUCCAAAAAACGAGCAAUUUAUGCCAUAAUCACUGAUUUACUGGAAGGGGUUCGUUUUUUUCCACUUUUAUUGCAAUGGCAAAAUGGUCACUUCUCUUUUUAUACUUUUUCCAAGGACUACUUCCCAUCAUCUUUGGGCAGCAGCGCACAGCUGGCCCCUGGCGGCACCGGAUUCAGUGGCAGAACAACGGGCAGGUUUACAGUUUAAUGAGCACUGGAUCAGAGUACCAGGCUCCGGUUAGGUCCAGAAGUCAUUCGAGGUUUUAUGUGAGCAGCAGGAGGGAUGGUACCGGGAGCCAAAUCCCAGGAGCGCAGACAAGACCGACUGGACAAAGUGAAUCCAGACACUUCAGGACUGAUCAGCCAGGAUCCUUCACAGCUGUCAGACAAGUUAAUGGUCGCGCGUCAGGGGCCCGUCAGCUGCCUGAUCGCCCUUAUGGAGCAAGAACUGCAGGGUAUCCAGGGGCGCGAAGAUUUAACCCUGAAAGCACUAAUGCCAUCAACGCCUCUUCAUUGGGGACUUCAACAGAUUUCCUCGGCAGAAGAGGAAGUGCUAUCAGAGGGACUAACAUGGCACUACACACUAGAGGAGGGGAACCAGGCCCCGGAGCGCAAAACCAGCAGCUACGCGCAGCACCAGAGGCGAUGCACGUCUCCAGGCAACCAGCGCAGACUGAUCACUCCAUCUCAGCAUAUCCCACAACUGCAGAAACCGAAUCUGAGGCUCCAGUUCCAUUUCCUGCACUUAGUGAGGAUGUUUUAAACGAAAUAGUCAGUAAUGGAGAGAGCAUGGUUAACGACGACCCUCGAAACCCGUUUAAAAACCACAGGAAUUCUAUUUUCUACAACAUGUAUCCCACAAGAGGAAGGUCAGUGGCCCGCCGUCCGCCUGGCACAGGGUACGGAACAAGAUUUUUCCAAAAUGGAUUGCCAGACCUCGUGCCAGACCCGUAUGCCAUCCAAGCAGGUGCUUAUAUCCAGCGCAUGCAGAUGUAUGCACUCCGCUGUGCAGCUGAGGAGAACUGUCUGGCCAGGUCAGCUUAUGGACCUGCUGUGCGAGACAUCGACUUCAGAGUCCUCCUGCGGUUCCCACAGAAAGUGAAGAACCAAGGCACCACUGACUUCCUCCCUAUCAAGCCAAGACACCAAUGGGACUGGCACAGCUGUCACCAGCACUACCACAGCAUGGACGCCUUCAGUACCUACGACCUGCUGGAUGUCAUCACAGGACGUAAAGUGGCCGAGGGACACAAGGCCAGUUUCUGUCUGGAGGACACAGGCUGUGAUCCUGGAAUCAGGCGGCGCUAUGCCUGUACAUCUCACACACAGGGACUGAGCCCAGGAUGCCAUGACAUCUAUGCUGCCAACAUCGAUUGUCAGUGGAUCGACAUCACUGAUGUACCUCCAGGAAACUACAUCCUUAAGGUUACUGUCAAUCCCAACCUCCAUGUUCUGGAGUCGGACUUUACAAACAACAUAGUGAGAUGUGAUAUCACAUACACAGGAAUGUAUGUCCAGACACGCAACUGUCGAGUAACAAGAGGUUGAACCGUUUCCUGUAAUAUCUGCAGGACUUUUACAACCACAUAUCUCUCCCUGCUGGACAGCAACAUUCGAAGAGAAAGUGCAAUUGGUAACGUUUUUGUAUUACAGAUGUAGCUGUGAGCUACAAUUUUGCUAUGAAGGCUUAAGUUGCAUUUAUUGGCAAUAAAUACAAAAUCAGUUUACACCGGUUUUGUAAAUAAACUAGUGAUAUCAUCACAAUUACUUGAUUAUGUAUUUUUAGAAAUGAUAUUUUGUUUUGUUUGUUUCUUUUGUUUUGCUUUAACAAAUACAAGUACUGUUGUUAGAUGCUUCUGUUCCUUGCACGCUGGUUAACUGCUUGAAAUGUGUGUUCUGCUGCUGUUCAUUGUCCUUGUCUUGUUUUGCUGCUUUGUGUUACUGAUAUUGCACACCAUUAGUUAUAAUAAUUUUAUUUGGAGGAUAACAAAUUCUAUAUUUUUGUUACUGAUGACCAAUGUCAUGAAAAGAUUGAAACCAACAAUUUCUUAUGAAUUCUGACUGCACUGGUCUGAUGAGAUGUCACAUAAUAUGCAGUUUUCAUACAAUGCAAAAACAAUGAGAAUUUCAGUUGUUAUGAAGCAGCAUCUGUUGUCAUCCACUUUGACACACUACAUGGGAUAAAACAGUCAAUUGUCAAACCUGAUGCUUAUUUUAAUCAUAAUGUCUUUCAGACAGGCCUGUCAUUAGGUAUUUAUUUAAAAAGUUCAAUAAUUCCCAAAAAUAGAUAUGCACUGUAGUAUUUGUAAUGUUCGCCAAUGUCACUCAAACUGGAGUAAAUACGACAUUUGCAAGUGAGUAUUCAGGUAGGCAGAUGGUGUAUGUGGGAUUAACCAAAAUAGAACUACAAUGCCAAUAUUCAUGAGAAUGAAGGAAAGCCUGGUUAAACAGCAUGAAUCAUAAUUUCAGGAGACAGAUGCAUCACGCUUUGGAUCCACAUAGACCAGUAAUAGUUCAUCAUUGGUCUUUUCAUGGGAUGUCUUGAUAAUAGAAAAAUAAAGAAUAUCAACUGACAUAUCCUUUAAUCUCUUGGUGGUUGUAGUAGAAAAUUGCAAAUAGUUCUUUUGUGUUAAAUAGCUAGUGCAGUAUAUGGGAAUGUGUUUUUAUGAAUGUGUAUAACUCAGUGAAUGGAAAAUACUGAAAACUGUUAGUACUCUUAAAACGUUGUUUAAAACCUUAUUACAUUCUGUUUGGUAUGUUGGAUUUGAUGCAAUAAAUAUUGAGGAGUUAGGAGUUUA